AUGAUAAUUAAUCACUUGAUUUUAAUUAUUGUUAUAAAAAAAAUAUAUUUUCAUAAUAUUCAUGCAGUAUUAAAAUUUUAAUCCCAAUUUGUGUUAAAGCAAAUUUAUUAUAGGUUGCCAAUAGCAUUUAACCUGAAAUAUUAAUAGUAGGACGAAGUAAAAAUUAAACAAUCUAUACGCAUACAUUUAGCUACAAAAAAAUAUUUCUGUUUAAAUCAAAUUUUACUUUAGAACAAGUAUUUUCAGAUUUUCUAGUUACAUAUUAAAAUAUUAUAAUACUAAUCUUAAAUUAAGACAUUUAAAUUAUAUCAUUAGAUUUCAAAAAUAAAAUGA